AUCGGCAAUGACUCAGACAUAAGGGAGUGAGUCUCUUUGAUCUAAAACAGAAAAGAAAAUGGGAAACAUUGAUAACCCUUUUCAGAUGCAAAAUCCGGUGAAUACAAUGGAAGGCAGAGUUAAACUCAAUCUAAACAAAGAAAAAAUUCUUUAACUACUGAGGGAAGAGGACCUAACAAGAUUUGGAGUCGAUCUAAACAAAGCCCUUAUUAUGGUAUCUGAAGCAAUCACAAAUCAAAUAUCAGUCAUCAACUCCAAAGGAGUAGUCAUCAAUCAAAUGGAGAAACCACCAAGAAGGCAAAGAAAAAUCGAUCUAUGCAAAAGCAAGGAAAAACCGGUUGGAAGCUAUUUUGCUAAGGAAGACAGUCCAAAAUCUCAUGGGAACCCAAAAAUCUCAGAAGAAAAAAGGGGUGGUGAAAGGAAAAUCCAAAUCCGAGAUGGGAAAUUCAUCUCAACCUGAUUUCCUGAUCCCACCGCAUAUGCACUAUGGUAAGUUGGAAAUAAACGGCCCCCAAAUUCCUUCAUCAUCAAAUUCUCAACCUAGUUUCAAAAUCAAAGCCCACAACCUCUCAUACAACAGUGAUAUUUCAUCCUACCAUAGGCUCAAAAAGAACCAAAAAGAGAUAUUUGUCCCCCCUCUAAUCAUCUCAGCUCCAUGGCCUGAACAUCAAAGCCCCAGUAAUACCAUUCCCAACCUUCAAGCUCAAUACCAAGCAGAUGAGAAUAGUGGGAUGCCAAUUAGUGAUACUAACAAACCGGCUGAAGAUAAUGGUGAUGGGAAAGACUCAACACAUAAGGGUGGUGCAAACAAUGGGGAUACACAAACAAAAGGUGAUGAUGCUGACGAAAUAGGGGAGGAUCAGGACUUUGUGGAGAUUAUGGAAAAAGGAUUAUCUUGACGGACCGUCUAACAAAACUGUCCUUUCUACAUGGUGGGCUCAUUCCUGCGAAUUAGCAAGGUGUGUCUUUGGGUUUCGCAUGUGUGAGAAGACGGCUGUUUAGACAG